UCUAUAACGCUGGUGAGCCUACAGCACAUGGCAACUAACAUUGACGAGUCAUCUCCCGGCUCGUGAACGAUGCCGCCACCAACAGCUCGGUCAUGACAAUCACCAUCCCCUCUGGAUCCAACCUCCUCACAGACUGCCACGAGGGCGACUCCAUCGCUGUCAACGGCUGCUGCCUCACUGUGACUUCUUUUACCAACGAUGCCUUCACGAUUGGCGUCGCACCUGAGACGCUGCGCGUCACCAACCUCGGCACCCUGGUGGAGUCGAGCACAGUCAACUUGGAACGUGCUGUCCGUGCCGAGACUCGUAUGGGCGGCCACUUUGUCCAGGGCCACGUCGACACAACCGCCGAAAUCCUCUCCGUGACGCCAGAUGGCAACGCUCUCACUUUCCGCUUCCAGCCCAAGAAGCGCGAGUUUCUGCGCUACAUUGUGCACAAGGGAUUCAUCGCCAUUGACGGAACCAGCUUGACCGUUACUCAGGUCAACGACGCUGAAGGCUGGUGGGAGAUCAUGCUGAUUACGUAUUCUCAGGAAAAGGUAAUCAUGGCCAAGAAGGUCAAGGGAGAUACCGUCAACAUCGAGGUGGACAUGAUGGCCAAGUACGCUGAAAAGUCUCUGGCCGGCAUCCU